UAUACCCGGAUACAUGAAAUCAUCCAUGGGGGUGUAAUUCCAGGGGGCCGCAGCUGGAGGACGUGGUGACGCACCAAUUCAAUUGGCAUGAGGGGGGGUUUCAAAGACACGGAUAAGAGAAAACACAGGGGAAUGCAGCAUCCAUCAUCAUUUAAGACACACGUGCUCACCCCCAUCACCCCCAACCUGGACAUUGACUGAGCCUCUGCUCUCUUCAAUUUGCGCCAAAGCUGUUUAUGUGUGCCAUGCAUGCUCAAGACGCAUGGCGCCCAAUAAUAGACCUUGAAGGGUGUGAGUGUGUGUGUCUGCCACAUUCAAGGAGAAGGGGAGAAGGGGAGAGAUGCAGAGAAACGAGGAGAGAAUGAACACUAAACACGUGUUCUGUUUUUCUCCCUCCAAGCCUCCACCUAUCGCUGCAGACAAUCCCGACCGCCGGUAAUUAAGACGAAUGCGCGCCGCUGCUCCGCAGAUAAUGACCGGAGCGCCUGGAUUUCUGCACACAAGGAGAAAUCUGCGGGCCAUGGCACUGACACCAUUCCCGCAUUGCAUCACGGACACGACACCCGGUACCCCGCUGUUUCCCUCCCACUUCAUCUGGAGCCGAUGAGGAGACAGUAGCGUCUCAUCCUAGAGUUUCUUUGACUCAUGCAGCUGCUGCAGUCGCUCCCGGUCUCCCGGUAAUCACGCGCCGUGUUGACAACUUUGACGCGGUGCUAUAUGGAUUGCGCACCAGCAACAGGCCAGUCUCUGGGAUCUACUGAGAUUUUCUCUCCGGUAAAAUGAAGUGUUAUCUCCGGGAGUCUUCCGCAGCCUGAUCACAUCAUCGUUCCAGAGUGCGAAGCAACCUGUAGCUGUGUGCCCCUUUAUGUCAGGCAUUAUCCCGCUAAGGCGCAAUGAAGGGACACAGCUGACGGUUUUGAAUCUGCAGCCCGAGGAAGAGAGAGGAAACAAAAGAUCCGGAAAGUAACCCCAGUGGAAACCAUGUAUGGGCGGUACACCCAGGAGCUGGGUGUGUAUGCCAAGGAGGAAGCGGCCCGCCUGCGGGAUGGAGGAGGAGUGCGGGAUGGAAAAGGACUGCGGAGGAACACCAGUGUUCGCAGUCGUGCUGCAGAUCUGCUGGAUUAUGAGAAAGACCCCUGUGCUAAGUGCAAGUUGUGUGCGUCUCGCUGCCAGAAGUUCCUGAUCUCGCGGGUGGGGGAGGACUGGAUCUUCCUCAUUCUGCUGGGGCUGCUCAUGGCUCUGGUCAGCUGGGUCAUGGACUACGCCAUCGCCUUCUGCCAAGACGCACAGAAGUGGAUGUAUGGUGGACUGGACAGUAACAUGCUUCUGCAAUACAUCGCCUGGGUCACCUACCCUGUAGUGCUCAUCACUUUCUCCGCGGGAUUCACACAGAUCCUGGCGCCUCAGGCUGUGGGUUCAGGCAUUCCUGAGAUGAAGACGAUACUGAGGGGGGUGGUCCUGAAGGAGUAUCUGACCUUUAAGACAUUUGUGGCCAAAGUCAUCGGCCUGACCUGCGCCCUGGGCAGCGGGAUGCCACUGGGGAAGGAGGGACCCUUCGUUCAUGUCGCCAGCCUGUGCGCAGCUCUCCUCAGCAAAUUCAUGGCCGCUCUUUUCGGAGGGAUUUACAUGUUUAAAAUGGAAGAGCCCUUUGAGGGAAGCAAGAACGAGUUGAGGAACACAGAGAUGCUCUCGGCUGCCUGUGCAGUGGGUGUGGGCUGCUGCUUCGCUGCCCCUAUUGGAGGGGUGCUGUUCAGUAUUGAGGUAACAUCAACGUUUUUCGCCGUGAGGAACUACUGGAGGGGCUUCUUCGCUGCCACCUUCAGUGCCUUCAUCUUCAGAGUGCUGGCCGUGUGGAAUCAGGAGGAAGAGACCAUCACCGCUCUCUUCAAGACCCGCUUCCGUCUGGACUUCCCGUUCGACCUUCAGGAGCUGCCAGCGUUCGCCAUCCUUGGGAUUGCCUGUGGUUUUGGAGGUGCUCUGUUUGUCUACCUGAACCGGCUGAUUGUAGAGUGCAUGAGGAAACAGAAGACCAUUAACAAGUUCUUGCUGAGGAAUCCCUCUCUUCCUGUCAGGCGUCUGGUGUAUCCUGCACUCGUCACCCUGCUCAUCUCCACACUCACGUUCCCUCCAGGCUUCGGGCAGUUCAUGGCUGGACAGCUGACGCAGCACGAGUCUCUGGUGGCGCUGUUCGACAACCGCACGUGGUGCCGUCAGGGCGUGGCCGAAGAGUUCGACUACAUCAGCCACCACCACGCCUGGAAACACCCGCAGGUCAACGUCUUCGUCACACUAGUCCUCUUCAUCAUCAUGAAGUUCUGGAUGUCAGCUGUGGCCACCACCAUGCCUGUUCCAUGUGGGGCCUUCAUGCCAGUUUUUCUUAUUGGGGCAGCGUUUGGCAGACUUGUUGGAGAGAUCAUGGCAACCAUGUUUCCUGAUGGCAUACAUGCUGACGGCAGCGUGUAUCCCAUAGUGCCUGGCGGUUAUGCUGUAGUUGGUGCUGCAGCGCUGUCUGGAGCAGUCACCCACACUGUAUCCACAGCGGUCAUAGUGUUUGAGCUGACCGGUCAGAUCUCCCACAUCCUGCCUGUGAUGAUCGCCGUCAUUCUGGCCAACGCCGUGGCCCAGUCGCUCCAACCAUCUCUGUACGACUCCAUCAUCCGCAUCAAGAAACUUCCUUAUCUGCCCGAGCUGGGCAUGGGACAUCACGAGAAAUAUAAUAUCCGUGUGGAGGACAUCAUGGUCAGGGACGUGCGCUUCAUCACUCUGAACUCCUGCUAUCGGGACCUGCAGGAGAUGCUGCUGACAGGUCAACUCAAAACACUGGCCCUGGUUGAAAGCAGAGAAUCCAUGAUCCUGCUGGGCUCCAUUGAGCGACUGCAGCUCCAGUCUCUGCUCUCGCUUCAGCUGGGACGCCAGCGGAGGCUGGAGUACCUCCACGAGCUGGCCCAGGACAACGGCACACACGAUCACCUGCCCAGCCUGACAACUGACAGCACCCCCAGCUCACCCUGCACCCACGUCAACUCGUCGGGCAGCGCUCGCCAAGGGGUCCGCUUCCUGGUGAGCAUCCAACAGAUCUCCACAGAGGAGUCUUCCUCCUUCAGCCCAGUGGCUUCCAAUAUUCAGCUUCCUCUGAAAUCUGCCUUGAAAACUGUGUCUGCCAUCAGUGACACAGAGACGCCAAAUAGUUCUCAGACGCUCUCCUGUGCGGACCAAGACAAGGAGCUGCUGGAGAGCCCGGUUGGGCCAGCUCCUCCUGAGAAGAGGAAGCCCAAACGAGUGAGGAUCUCCAUGGCGGACUCAACUGAAGUAGAAGAUUGUAUGACUCUAACAGAGAUAGCAGAGUGGGAGGAGCAGCAGCUCGAUGAAGCGGUGGAUUUCAAAAACUGCAAGAUUGAUCCUGCUCCCUUCCAGCUGGUGGAGCAAACAUCUCUGCAUAAGACUCACACCAUCUUCUCUCUGCUGGGUCUGGAUCACGCCUAUGUGACCAGCAUGGGACGUCUGGUUGGAGUGGUCUCUCUCAAAGAGUUGCGUAAGGCCAUCGAGGGCUCAGUGACAGUGACUGGAGUGAAAGUGCGCCCUCCGUUGGCCAGUUUCCGUGACAGCGGGAACAGCACAAACGUAUCUGAGGUAACUGAACUACACAAGCUGUGCAUCCGCCACAGGGGGCUCUCGUUGCCCCGGGAACCCAACCCCCCUGAAGCUGUGGACCAACCCGAUCUCCAGUACAACGAGAUCCCCGUCAACUUCUCAGACCAAACCAAUUUGCAGUUUGAAACCAGUCCCGGCGACCUUACAAACCAGUCGUCAGAGUUGGUGCUCCAGGAGAGUCCCUCAUUCACAGAGGACCAAUCAGAGUUCACUUUUGACUGCAGCCCCUCCCACACUGAGGAAUCAGAGCUUGCCUGUGACUAUGACCCGCCCACCCACACUCCUGAGCCGGACGAAACAGAGCAACAACAUGACCCGCCAUCUCCGAACAUGGACCAAUCAGAACUUGAGGGAGAGAGUAGCCCCGCCCACAAGGAGGAUCUGUCAGAAUGAUCUAAUCCGUCCUGUCGUCUCAUGAAUGUUGACGUUUCUUAUGUUUGUAGAGGUCACACUCACCGACAAGUCCAGCCUUGAUACCUGCGAUUCUAACGUUGUGGCGUGAGUGAGUUUUGUGUUUGUGCAGAUGCCUGUUUAAAUGCUAAAUCUGGUUUUAGUCUAUAUUUCUUUACCGUCCACAAAUCCUGUGAGAAGACCAAAAACAAUACUUUUGUAGGCCUGCACUGAUUAUUUUUUUACACGACAUGAGUCCGCGUCGUUUGGAACACGUUUUGAAAUUGAAACAAUCCGACGAUGUGGAGUCAGAGAGGAGGGAUCCUACCAGACCUCUGUUGCCUUUAUCCUCUCCGAACAAACUAUAGACUGUAAAUAAAGAUGGACGACAUGACUGCUCCCCAAAAGUGAAACCAAAUUAUCUUCAUCACCCUUGGUGGCUGGCCAUGUCCCAUCCACUACUAGAAUGGCCCUCAGUAGAGCGCAUACAUCCACCGAGGCCCAACAAUCCCCUUAAAGUAAACUUGCCCUAUUGUCUGGAUCCGCACCGAUAUUUAACCAGUUCUGUCUCGGCUUAUGUCCCAUCCCUCCACCAAGUUUCCUGGAAAUCUGCUCAGUGAAACCUCCUUGGCUUAGGUAAACAUGGAGGAGGCGAGGAUUAUGACCUAUAAAGCAGCCAGGCACCAGGGGGCGAUCAAGACACUUUGGCUUCACUUUUGAGGAGGAGCUGUCAUGUCGUCUGUCAUUAUAUACAGUCAUGUAUCAUGUGGAAGGUGCAAUGUUGUGUUUAUGAUUUGAAUGUGUUUUUAAUCAUUUUUGGACAACAACAGAACUCUAUUUAUAGAAGUAUAAUUUAUGUUAUUUACUACAUAAACUAUAUUUGGUUACACAGAAAAAUACUAGUUUGGUCUUUUCGUCGGAGUGAUGACAAUAAGAAAUAUGGAAUAUUCCCAGGUUCAUCUUUUUACUCUUUGUGUGUGUGUGUGAGUGUGAGAGAGAGAGAGAGAGAGAGAGAGAGACACCUUCCUUGCCAUGCUCAAAUCUGGUCCCGACUCAUCAUUGGAGUCUAAACAAACAAAGUUCCUUUAACACAUGACAUGAGUCACAUGACAUAGGUCACAUGCAAAUAGCGGCGAGCGAUAAACGGGAGCAAAGAGGAGAAAGCACAGAAGAAAAAAGACGUGGAAAACGAUCUUAAUGAGCACAUGAUGGUAUGAAUAUAUACGUCUGCCUAUUCACAGCACUGGACUGAUACACCAUAGGGUUGUUGGCCAAUAAUGUUAAUAUAUAUAUAUAUAUACAGGAAUAAUAAUACUGUAAAAGCAACAGUGUCAUCGCUAGUUAGUUUGCAACACUGCAGUUACAACGUCACGGCAUCUAUAGCAGUUUGUUUUAAUAUCUAGCCGUUUUCAGACAUGAACUCCGGAGAACGUCAGCACAACUGGGUCCGGACUUUCUCCACUCAGGCGAGGGGCGGCAGACACAAGACGUCAUGUGUUUUUGUUUACAGCACAUCGACACCGGUGACAUGAAAAUGCCCACUCGUUUCGCGUUGAAUCCUCGAGAGCAUCUCUUGCUCUGUUCUUACGUCGGCUCAUUUGGACACCAAGAAAAUCUGGAGCCGCUCACUCUGACUCUGACAUUCUCUCAUACAGCCCCUCCGGAGAAUGUCAGGAGAUUAUCCUGAGUUCAGUGUCUGAAAGCAGUUUAAGAUAUCAGCCCCAAAAAUCCACCAUUGGCCAGGAUCUGUUCACAUGACGACAAAGGCAGCUGCUUCCAAAGGUCCCCCCUGCUUGGUUCAGGGCUCCGAUUAAAGCUAAAGCACAUUGUAAUUACCAUGAAUAUAAUUUACUGCACAUUAGGGGCUGGUUCACUAAGGGCACAUGUAGACCGCCAGUCAACUGAACAGCCCACACGUAAUCGCUACAUGAAUUUAACGUGUUUCUAGCAUGAUAAAGGAACAACUGUUGAGCUCCUUGUGACAGGAAGCUACUGGCUGUUGUACAGAGCGCGCACACACACACACACACACACACACACACACUUAUAUGCACACAUGUACUGUAUGCGGCCUGUAGAUAUUUACCACCUUGAUAUGUGACACAUAUCUUUAUGAGAAAUUAAAUUCCGCCUGGCCUCUGAAGCAGUGAUGAGAAACGUAACUGUUGUACGAAGCACAAGUCCAAAAACUGUUGUGCGUGUGUGAGUCCGUGCCACGACCUUCAAAUGGGUUUUAGCUUCACGCGAUGAUUUCGAGCCAUAUUUUAAAUCUUGCGUGGCAACAUCCCGACUCGGGCUCAUAUUUUCUUUGUCUGUGUUUGUGCAACGAUUCUAUUAACGUCUUAACUUUCUUUCGUUUGCAUAUGGAAUGUGAAGUAGUGCUCGUCUUAUAAGACAACGUAUAAGGAGUUCAAUGUAGAGAGUGUAUAAGCGCAUUUGCAGCGUAUCUAGUUAAGCAAUAAGUCUGUAGUAUCUCCCUUUAUAUGGCACUGGCCUGUAUAUGCUUUGUACAUAUGAAAAUACACGGAUGAGAGCUACAUACACGCUCUGUACAGAGGAGAAUUAUGCAUUUGAAAUUCCAACAGCCAUUGUUACUUUUCAGAGAACAUGAAAUUGUUUUUUUUGUACAUGAGUCGAUGAUUAAAUUGAAAGAAAAAACACCCUUUAAGAGAUUAAA